UGUCUCCCUUGACCACUUGUGAUCAGAUCAACCCAUAUGCAAGCAGAACCAGGUGCCUCAGUGUGGACUGUCUUGCUAUUCCCCAUCCCCCAAGAUGCAGGGCGCUGAGUGAUAAACAGAAGUCACCACACUCUAAACAUCCCUCACAACUGCCUCUUGUCCAGGCGUCAGAGACAGAUGGACUGGAAGAGUCCAUGUGCCUCACACAUUUCCAUUUUUGACCAUGCAGCAGUCCUCCCAAAAUAACCCCCAUUCCUCACAACCUUAUAUGUGCAAGGCCUCAGCGAGGCUACAGUCUGGGGGAGAAUCACAAAUCCAGACCACAUGAGACACGCCGUUGUCCCAUUGUUGCUUUGUGAUCAUUGUGGUUGUCUCCUGUCUAGCUAUGCAUCUCACAGAACUAGAUCAGGAGUGUUUGUUACACCUUUUUUCGUACCUAGACAAGGACAGUUGCCGCAGCCUGUCCCUGACCUGCGUACGACUAAGACAAGUCUUCCUGGACCCACAACUGUGGACGCUACUUCACUUCAGGUCCCUGUGUGAGCUGAGGAGGGACAACUAUGUUCUGGGCUCUUCGCUAAGGUACCUGGCUGUAUGCUGGCACUCGAGCAGGGUCAAAGUGUGCAACAUUGAGGACUGGAUGAAGACCACAUUCCAGAAGGACCUCUGCAGGAAGCACGAGAGCCUCGUCAGUGACUUCCUGGAGCGUGUUUGCCACAUGUGUCCGAAUCUACUCUCGCUGACUCUGUCUGGAUGUGGGCACGUUAUGGACCGCGAUGUUAUUAACGUGCUACAAAGCUGCAGGAGGCUACACAGCCUUAGUCUGGAAAACUGCGCUCGGAUGACUGACUCUGUCCUCCAGGCUGUUGUGGACCACGGCCACAGUCUCACAGAAAUGAGGGUGGACUUCUGUCGCAACGUGACCCAGGCGGGGCUGCAGGAGGUCAGGGACAAGAGACCAGAAGUGCACCUGAGCGCGUUACACAGUGCCGAUAUGAUUCCAGACAGCAAACCGGAGGAGAAAACACAGACCAGGAGAGCUCUGCAGAAGUUCUUGAUCUUCUCCUGACAGCUAGAGACUUUUCCUUGAGAAUUAAUGUAAAAUUGAGGUUCACAACACUGUCCAGUGCAAUUAUGGUCUAGUUUAAUUUUUUCACAGUUUAUUUUGUAAUUUCAAAAGUUUCCUUUUCAUCUCUGAAGUUUUCUUUCCAAUUUUCCUUGUUACAGUUAGUCUUCCAACCUUUCUAUUACUUUAUGUAAUCAGCAAAUUCAUUCUUUCAAACUCAUUCUUUGUUUCUUCUCUGGGUUGUUUUUCAUUUGUUUGUUUGUCCAUUUGACUCCAUGAAAUGACUCAGCGGUCAAGUACACAGUACAAACACUAGGUAUUCAAUAUGCAGGGCAGUGGCCCAGUCCAACAUUUCAACCAAAUCUUAGGUUUUGAUAAUAAAACAUUUGUGAACUCUGUGAAAGACAGUAUUUAUUAAAAGCACAGCAUGUUUUGGUUGC